CUCCGGCUGUGUUGUUGAUGUCUUUUGGCGGCCGCUCCCGCUUAGGCGGUUGAGGGGACGGAUCGAGGGAGAAUGGUGUGCGAAAAAUGUGAAAAGAAACUUGGCACAGUUAUUACUCCAGAUACAUGGAAAGAUGGUGCACGGAACACCACAGAAAGUGGUGGAAGGAAGCUGAAUGAAAACAAAGCUCUGACUUCGAAAAAAGCAAGGUUUGAUCCAUAUGGGAAGAAUAAGUUCUCCACUUGCAGAAUUUGUAAAAGUUCUGUACAUCAGCCUGGUUCUCAUUACUGUCAAGGUUGUGCCUACAAAAAAGGCAUCUGUGCCAUGUGUGGCAAAAAGGUUCUGGACACCAAAAACUACAAACAGACUUCUGUCUAGAUGUUCUGGUGAACUCUCUGACUUUCUGUAGUUGUAAUUUCUGCCUUGACUUUUCAAGGUAUAACAUGGAUGUUCCAUCUUACAAAUAACCUGUUUCAAGAUGAGUAAUUCAGUCUAAAGCGGGGAAGUUGAUCAAUGUCCAUGCAUUUGCUAUCAUAAAGCUCUGAACAGCAAUGUUAUAACCAGGCUUCUGCCUUAAGAGGUUAUUUUCCUUGUGAACUAGAAUAAGUGACAAAAUUAAUGGAAAAGGUAUUCUUGAGUUCUGUAUGCACUUUCUGUUUAACAUUAUUCAUAUAUUUCUUAUCUGAUCCAUGUAUUUUAUUUAUAGAUACUGCAAUGUGAAAUUACUGGUACCGUGCUCUGAAUUUGACAUCCAGAUUUAAAGUUCCUUCCUUACUCAUAAAUGUCACAAUGCUUAGAAUCAGCAGUUCCCUGUUUAAUGCAUUUUCAUUAGCUAUAAAUAUGAGACCAUUAUUGCUGAAUGGUCCCUUAGUAACUAGUCCUGCCAGAAGUCAAACAAGGUGCGUUUUUUUAUUGUAAAUGUCUUGUAGCUAAAAUGCCAGUCCCUCCCUUUCACCUGUAAACAAGAGCCCAUGGAAUGCCAAUUUGUCCAGAUGACUGCACUAUAUUUCAGAGAGAUGCAUUUUGUCCACAUCUUCUUAAAUUUAAGUGUCCUGAAAGCAGAGGGAGCGGUGUCUGUCCACAUGUAGUGAGGAUGAAGGUCUGCUUGGGUGUGUCCUUUGAAGCAGGAAACAAACCUUUUCUUACCCUGACCACCACCCCACCC